AUGCAACAAUUAUCAUAUCACGAAAAAUUUUGUCAAGCAAGACAAACUAUUACUGAUAAAGAAAUUCAUCGUUUAAUUAAGAAAUAUCAUAAUCGUCAUCCAACAUUUUCUAUUGAUAUACAAGAACGAACAUGUAAAACAAUUAUUCUUGCUUGUAUUUAUCAUUAUCGUCAUAUUGAAAUAGAUUUAAGAUGUGAAAGUAUUUAUAAUGAUAUAUUACAUAAAUUUGAAUCAAAUUGGUCAACAGAUAAUGUUGAAUAUAAACAAAUUCUUAAUGAUAUUCUCACACGUUUAAAUAGUUCAUUAGCAAAUCGAUCACUUGAUGAUCAAAUUGAAUCGGUUAUUGAACAAAUAACUAAAUAUUUUACUCAAUUAAAAUCUAUCGAUGAAGAAGAAGAACAGCAACAACAGACAGUAAUAAGAACAAGAAAUAGUUCAACAUCGUCAUCACCACCGCCACCAAUAGAAAUCGUUAAAUAUGAACGAUCACCUCAAAGUCGACGACAACAAUUAUUUGAACGAUCAUUAUCAUGGUCACAACCAUUAACAAAACAUCCGAUUCGUAAUAAAAUAAAUUCAAUGUUAAUUGAGAGAAAAUUUUAA